AUAGACCACCUCAGGAAAAGAUUCAAUCUUUCAAGUCAGAGACAGAGUGACAGAGAGGGUGUGGAGACGGACUGACUGGGAGUCUGGUAUUUGAAGGGAAAGAUUCAAAAUAAGAAGUGAAGCAGGGAAAGUAUCAAGGAGAGCGACAGAAGGAAGACAAUAAGGAAUAUACUUUAUACAGUUUUUUUUAAAAACAUUAAAACAAUGUAUUGGCGUUUGAUACUAUUGAAUGUGCUGAGCGGGUUUAUCAACUGCUCUGCAGACAUUAACAGGGAAAAAGCAGAGAGACUAAUGGCAGAGACACCCUUAAUAGAUGGACACAAUGACCUUCCUUGGCAGAUGAGGCAGCUCUUUAACAAUGAGCUGGAAAAGAUGGACCUUAACACACUGGAAAAGACUCACACCAACAUCCCAAAGAUCAAAGCUGGCCACCUCAGUGCUCAGUUCUGGGCUGCUUAUGUACCCUGUGAGUCUCAGUACAAGGACGCAGUGAGGCAGACUGUGGAGCAGAUUGAUGUUGUGCACCGCUUGUGCCGUCUCUACCCUAAUGACUUGAUGUUUGCCAGAAGCACCGAUGAUAUUUUAUCUGCGUUCCAGCAGAAUAAAACAGCCAGCCUCAUUGGAGUGGAAGGGGGUCACUCCAUUGACAGCAGCCUGGGCACUCUGCGCAUGUUCUACAAUCUGGGGGUGCGCUACCUCACGCUCACACACAGCUGCAACACCCCCUGGGCAGAUAACUGGCUGGUGGACACUGGAAAGGACACAGCAAUAAACAAUGGCUUAUCAGAUUUUGGAAAAGAACUGAUUAAAGAGAUGAACCGGAUAGGAAUGCUGAUUGACUUAGCACACGUUUCUGAGAAGGUGAUGAACCUUGUUCUGGAACUAUCCAAUGCCCCAGUCAUCUUCAGCCACUCCUCAGCCUAUGAAGUGUGCAACAGCAAGCGCAACGUUCCUGAUGACGUCCUCUUAAAAGUGGCUCAAAAGAAGGGAAUCGUAAUGGUGAACUUUUACAAUGAUUACGUCACCUGCCAGAAAACUGCCAAUCUGUCAAAUGUGGCAGAUCACUUUGACCACAUCAAGAAGGUGGCUGGCCAUGAGAUCAUUGGCUUUGGAGGGGACUAUGAUGGAGUGACCAGGGUCCCAGAAGGAUUGGAGGAUGUCUCCAAGUACCCUGACCUGGUGGCUGAGCUGUUGAGACGAGGCUGGACUGACAUUGAGGUGAAGGCAGCGCUGGGAAACAACCUGCUCCGAGUCUUCAAGGAGGUGGAGAAGGUGCGGGACUCAAUGAGUAGUGUUAAGCCUUAUGAAGUUCCCAUUCCCUAUGCUGAAGUGGUGAACCCAUGCAGGACCAUGUAUGGCUAUCCGCCCCAGGACAAUGCAGGGAGCAUGGUCUCUCUGGGACUACAUCUCCCUGUACUCACACUGCUGUUGCACGGCACCAUAGUUUGGCUCUUUUAACUCCUCUGCAGUUGUCUAUUUCAGAACAGGAAUCUGUUUUCCAAAGCAUUACAAAGUGUAGUAAUAUAUUGUAAACUAUAGAAAAUGCUUAGAAUUAGCAAGGUAAAUUACAAAAUGACAGUGAAAAUGUAGCAUGGUUGGCCCUUAUUUGGGCUAAUCCCUUUAAAGGAGUGAUAACUAUGACUUUAAAAUAAAUUUUCUUAUUGGUAUCCUUAUUGCCGUGCUGAAGAUCUUUUCAAAAUAAAAUGUGCACACAUAUCA